AUGUCUGCUCAAGCCCAUACAUACCUCUGUGAUGCGUGGAACCGCGAUAAGGUGAUGGCCAUCGUCCAGUUUCUUCCCAUGGCCCUUGAGGGUCCUGCAAGGACUGCCGGGUGCGAAUCUCUUGCACUGUCACUCGGCAACCUUGCGAGGAUGGGUGAUGCGUAUCGUGCCGUCACUCGUCUUUCCCUUCUGGCAAAUGCACUGUCAAAACCAACAUUAACUUCCCUCUCCAAACCCACUGGUGAUAUGGUCGCGUCGCGGAUCGAUCAAUUGUCACACCUGUUCCACAUUGGUUUCUGCUUGAAUGAAAAUACUGCUGUACUUGCGGGUCAUGGUGUUUUCCCCAAAAGUCUUCACCGCCUCAGUGGAGUUGCCGUGCUGUGUUGGAUGUACACGCUGGUGCUCGGCAUUGUUCGACAAUUGUACAUGCUGUCAAAAAUGAGGGGCCACUGCACUGCUGCUGCGGCUUCGGGCGACGAUAAGCGGAAAACGUGCCCUUAUGGCGGUUGCAAACGUGUCAUGGUGGAUUUAUUGAAGUUGGUGUGCUACUUCCUGUUCGCCCUGACAUGCCUCCCUGAAGGCAAACCGCAGCUUUUGGCUAAUGCCAGCGGACCUCUUGUGCCUUUGCAUGUGAUGGUGAAGGCGCUGUCACCCAAUCCGCUACAUGCCAGCAAUACUGUGCGCGGGUUGUUGGGUUUGAUUGCGUCUGUGUGUGAAUUCUAUUGA